AUGCUGAUCAACAAUUACUAUGUUGCCACAGCUAUUGCUGCGAUCGUCCCUCUUGCACAUGCUCAGUCAUACACUGACUGCAAUCCACUGAACAAGACCUGCCCGGCCGAUACGGGCACAACCGAAUCCCAUCUACACUUCGAUUUCACCCAAAGCUCAGGUCUAGACCAGUGGACCAUCACCGCUGACAACGUCACCACCGGUACAGAUGGCGCAGAAUUCACCAUCAACAAGCAGGGAGAUGCUCCAACCAUCCAGACCGAUUUCUACAUCUUCUUUGGCGAGGUCUCCAUCUCCAUGAAAGCUGCCUCCGGCACCGGCAUCAUCAGCAGUCUCGUCCUGGAAUCCGAUGACCUCGAUGAAGUGGACUGGGAACCAUUCGGUAAUCUAGCGGACCAGCUCCAAACCGACUACUUCGGCAAAGGCGACACCUCAUCCUACGACCGCUGGACCUGGGCCUCCAUCUCCGACGCCCAAGGCGACUACCACACCUACACCUGGACCUGGAGCGAGACCGAACUCAUCUGGUCCAUUGACAACUCCACCGUCCGCACCCUCACCUACGCCGACGCCGUCAACGGUACCCGCUACCCGCAGACCCCGAUGCGCGUGCGCAUUGGGAUCUGGGCCGGCGGCGACCCCGAUAAUUCCGAAGGUACGAUCGAAUGGGCUGGCGGCGAAACAGACUACUCGGACGCCCCAUUCACCAUGUACGUCAAAUCGGUCGACAUUGUAAACUACAACCCGGCCACCUCUUAUAAAUAUACCGAUGAAUCGGGCUCCUAUGAGAGCAUCGAGAUCGUGGGUGGCAGUUCCAACUCGACAUCCUCCUCGUCCUCCUCGUCCUCCUCGUCUUCCUCAUAUUCUUCCUCCCCGUAUACCAACAGCGCAGGCUCUAGCGCCCUUAGCCGGACAUCUAGCUCCGCAUCUGCUUCUACUACCGCGGCGUCUGCGUCAUCAUCCGCAUCCGCAUCCGCCUCUGCCUCCACCUCCAGCACUAUCAGCUGGGCAACUACCUUCCGCCUCAACCCGAGUAUUCUUUCUCUCCCAGUUGCUCUUGCCCUCCUCCACGUGGCUCUUUGA